AUGCGCUUCUCUCUCAUUGCUGCCACCCUCGCCGUGGCCACUCCCAUCCUGGCCUCGCCCCUUGUUUCCCGCCAGGAGCCCAAUGCGAACUGCAGCGCCAUGGCGGCCUACCAGUUCCCUUCGCAGACGAGUGACUUCUCCAACGUGUGCAAAACUUGCUACGAUAUCGCGGCCGAGAGCUGCGCCUCCGCUGGAGCUGACGAGGCUCACGCCUGCACUGCGACUAGGAUCCUGUCCUGGUCCAUUAUCGCCCGCCAACUUGCCGACAAGCAGUGCACGGAUAAGGGCACUGCCAGUGCUGCGCUUGCUUGCACCUCUGACAAGGUCAAUGAGUGGGCCAAGAACGGCGGCUGCAAGCCCCCUUUGUAG